AACUUACUGUCGUCUGCAUCUACUACCUCUUGCUCAGGUGUUUCUUGGAUAAACUCACAGAAUGUCGCUCAAAGCUGUAUCCGUCAUCUCUGGCGACACCCUUGUUUUGCGUGGACGUCCAGGACCACAAGGGCAGAAUCCAAAGGAGAGAAUUCUACAUCUUGCUGAUGUCGUGGCUCCGAGAAUGGGAAACCAGACUCGAGAAGACGAGCCAUGGGCAUUCGAGUCUCGUGAUUUUCUGCGUGCAUUCGCGGUAGGCAAAGAGAUUUCUUUUACUUCCACACAUAGCUUUCCUUCCAAUGAUGAUGUCACGCGUGACUUUGGUACUGCUGACAUCGGGGGCGUGGAUGUUGCCUCUGAGAUGCUGAAGAACGGUUGGGCCAAAAUCAAGGAAUCGAAGCGGGACCCUUCGGAGGACGAUAUCCGAAAACGUGACAUUGAGGCUGAAGCGAAGACAGCGGGAAAAGGUUUAUGGAAUUCUCAUGGUCCUCAGGCUCGUGCCGUGCAUCAAUCAAUGCCAACUGAUUCGCAAGCAUUUGUUUCGGAGUGGAAGGGAAAAUCUCUUGACGCACUCGUGGAACAAGUCCGGGACGGAUCUACUCUCCGAGUCCGACUUUUCAUGCCGGAUGGUGAGCAUCAAAUGGUCAACAUUGCACUUGCUGGUGUUCGUUGUGCCAGGACAUCCUCGAAGCAAGGAGAACCCUCGGAGCUUUGGGCGGAAGAAGCAAAAUUCUUCACGGAGUCCAGGCUACUCCAGCGACCGGUACGGGUAAUCAUACUGUCGUUGCCAACUUCGACAGCGACACCAUUCCAAGCUGGGGCCAACAAUGCGCCACCUCCACCAGCAUCAAUAUUUAUUGGCACUGUCCUCCAUCCCGCUGGCAAUGUCGCUGAACACCUCGUCGCUGCUGGGCUCGCUCGCGUUGUCGAUUGGCACGCUGGUAUGCUGGCUGCAGGAGGGGGUAUGGAGCGCUUACGUGCCGCUGAGAAAGCUGCAAAAGAAAAGCGAACAUGUUUGUACGCCAACGUGCCAACUGCAUCUGCAUCGACGACUGCCCAGUCCAACGGCGCUGCUAAUGGAAAUACCCGCGUCUUUGACGGAACCGUCACCCGAGUAUGGAGUGGUGACCAAAUAUCCGUCGUUGACAAGGAGAGCGGCAAGGAGCGCCGGUUGCAGCUCAGUUCAACAAAAGGCCCCAAACUUUCCGACCCUAAGCAAGCUUACUAUUCACAGGAAGCUCGCGAAUUCCUUCGCAAGAGGCUUAUCGGCAAGCAUGUCAAAGUUAUGGUCGAUUUCAUUCGUCCUCGCGAGGGAGAAUACGAGGAACGUGAAUGCGCGACAGUCCGAUACGGAAACCAAAGCUCUAAUGUUGCAGAGCAGUUGGUGGAAAAAGGCCUUGCCUCCGUUGUCCGUCAUCGACGUGAUGAUGAGGAUCGUUCUCCAGACUAUGACAAACUCAUGGCUGCAGAACAAGCCGCUGUUGCGGAGUCCCGUGGCAUCCACUCUGGUAAGGAACAAUCAACUCCGAAGCCCCCCGUCAACAUUUCAGAGUCGGGUGCACGUGCCACCACUUUCAUCAAUGGCUUUAAGAGGCAAGGAAAGAUAUCUGCUGUCGUCGACUAUGUCGCCUCGGGAUCUCGCUUCAAACUGACGGACAACAAUUUCCAAACCACGCCUCAUUAUUUCUCAGGUAUUCGAGCGCCUCGAACAGCACGUAAUCCUUCCGAUAGGAGCGAACCGUUUGGUCAAGAAGCUGCAGACUUUGCAACUCGCCGGUACAUGCAACGCGACGUGGAAUUUGAAGUGGACACCGUCGAUAAAUCUGGCGGUUUCAUUGGAACGUUAUGGUUGAAGAGUGAAAAUGCCGCGAUUUCUCUAGUCAAGGAGGGCCUUGCGACGGUACAUUCCUUCUCCGCCGACAGCUUGUCCUGGUCGACACAACUUUACGCAGCUGAAGCAGAAGCCAAGCAAGCACAACGAAACUUGUGGGAGAACUAUGAUGAAGAGGCAGAGAAGGCUGCUCAGGCUCCCGCUGCUGAAGAUGACGCUGGAGGCUUAAAGUCGGAAUAUCUGGACGUCAUUAUCAGUGAUAUCCGGCCAGGAAAUGCCUUCGGUUUCUCAGUGCAAAUAUUAAACACUGAGGGCAUCGCGACCUUGGAAAAGCUGAUGCGCGACUUUUCUCUACACCAUCGCGUCGCACAGCCAGCACCGUCAAAUUUCGUGCCGAAAGCAGGAGAUUUGGUAUCUGCCAAGUUUUCGGAUGGGUCAUGGUAUCGUGCCAGGAUUCGUCGUACAUCCGCAGUUAAGAAGGAAGCUGAGGUGACAUUCAUCGACUAUGGAAACCAAGAUACUGUCGCAUUUUCAAAUAUCCGUCCUCUCGAUCCCAAAUUCCGCUCCCUGCCCGGUCAAGCGCAAGAUGCUCGCCUAAGCUUCGUCAGGCUUGUGUCUUCUGAAAGCGAGUACCACGCAGAUGCUGUUCAGCGCUUCCGUCAACUGUGCGAAGAUCGCAAACUUGUUGCUAACAUUGACCACAAGGAAGGCACUACGCUCCACCUGCGUCUCAUUGAUCCUAAUGACCCCGUCGCUAUGCGAGAUCCUUUGGCUUGCAUUAACGCUGACCUGCUGCGCGAGGGUCUGGCAUCAAUUGACCGCAAGGGCUGCAGGUACCUUGGUGCAUAUCCACACAUUAUGAGUAAACUGCAGGGUGCAGUUGCUGAAGCGAAAGCGCGAUCGUACUGGGAUGUUUGAGUUCGGUGAUGUCGAGGAAGAUGAGUAAUUAGUGAUACUUACUCGACAAGUAGUACUGUUGAAUUAAUACCGGGAAGACUUAGUCAGCUGCUAAUACACAACUCACCUUGAUCAGUUGGGG